AUGGCCGAGGAGCCGAGAACAGAUCCGGAAAAGCCCCUUUCAGGCGGGCUAGACAAGAAUGCCACCGAGGCAUCUACUCCGGCUUAUAGCAUCAUGGAUGAAAAGAGGAGUCUAGAAAGCGAACAUGAACAGAUUUCUACCGACGAACCCGCCAAGGAUUUGGAGCCCGUUGAGAAUGACGAAUAUCCUCACGCAUGGAAGCUCGCAUCCCUCCUGCUUGCCACCUCCCUCGCCAUUUUCCUCAUGUCACUCGACAUGACGAUCAUCGCAACGGCCAUUCCCCGCAUCACGGAUCAAUUCAAGAGCUUAGACGACGUCGGCUGGUACGGCUCGGCUUUCUUUAUCACCAUGGCCGCGUUUCAGUCCACCUGGGGAAAGACGUAUAAAUACUUUCCCCUGAAAUGGGCAUACUUGACCGCCAUCUUCCUCUUUGAAGUCGGCAGUCUGAUCUGUGCGGUGGCUCAGGACAGCAAAACCCUCAUCGUGGGCCGCGCAAUUGCAGGGUUGGGGGGUGCCGGCAUCGGUGCAGGAUCAUAUACCAUCAUCGGAUUUUCGGCACCUCCGCGGCAAGCUGCUGCUCUCACCGGCGUCUUGGGCGCUGUCUAUGGGAUCGCUUCCGUCGUUGGCCCGCUCAUGGGCGGUGCUCUCACCGAACAUGUUUCAUGGCGCUGGUGUUUCUAUAUCAAUCUCCCUGUGGGAGCUAUAUCCGUCGCCAUAAUCUUUUUCACCUUUCAAACUCCCAAGGCUGCCCAACCACAGAAAGCCCCCUUAAAGGAGAAGAUUCUACAGAUGGAUCCCUUAGGAACCGCGUUGCUCCUGUGCACAAUCAUCUGUCUCAUCCUUGCCCUUCAAUGGGGUGGUGUGACCAAGGCGUGGUCACACCGCGAUGUUAUCGGUACACUCGUCGGUUUCGGCGUCCUCCUUGUGGUUUUCAUCGCUCUCGAAAUUUGGCUCGAUGAACGGGCGCUUCUCGUUCCCCGUCUUCUCCGGAAAAAGACCAUUGCGUUCAUGGCUCUCUUUACCGCUUUAUCCUUCGGGGUCUUCAUGACGAUUCUUUACUACCUCCCCAUCUACUUCCAAACUGUCAGCGGUGUCUCGGCUUCUGACUCUGGCGUCCGCAACAUCCCUUUCAUCCUGGCUGUUUCGCUGUUCACCGUCGUCUCUGGAGUCGUCAUCUCCAAAACCCAACAUUUUCUCCCCAUUAUUGUUCUCGGCUCCAUCCUUGCCACCGCAGGUCUUGCAACAAUAUCUACUCUGGGAGUCCACUCACCGAGUCCCCAAUGGAUUGGUUACCAGGUCCUUGCCGGCAUAGGUUUGGGUCUCAACAUCCAAGUGCCCAUCAUUGUGAGUCAAGCAGUCGUUGAGCCGUCCGAUGUCUCAUCAGUCACGGCGAUGAUCAUUUUCUUCCAAGCGCUCUCGGGUUCCAUCUUCUUGUCCGUUAGUCAGAGCUUAUUCGCCAAUAAGCUGUUGGCCACGGUGCCGAAGUAUGCUCCCGGCGUCGAUCCCGCCUUGGUGGUCGCCACCGGUGCGACCGAAUUGGAUAUACUAUGGGAUGGAGAGGCAUUGGCAGGCGUUAUUCGCGCUUACAUGGCUGGCUUGACGGACGACUUCUACAUGGGCAUUGGUUUGGCAGCCUGUAGUGCGGUGGUUGCACUCUCAAUGGUGGUCUUCGAUAGAACAUCCUUAAAGGGGCGCAAAGUGAGCGCUGGUGGUGCGGCCUGA